AUGGGAGAAGUAGACGCAGCUUUCAUCCAAGCCACCGAGUACCGCCCAAAACUCGCAGUUGUCGAAGCAGACGACAUUCCACUGAUUGAUCUCUCCGUUCUAAACUCCCCCGACUCACCUGAGCCCGACGCCACAGCCAUAAGACCUCUUAUAGCCGAGAUAGGUGAGGCCUGCAAGAACUGGGGUUUCUUUCAGGUGAUCAACCAUGGGGUGCCAUUAAAACCCCGGCAAUACCUUGAGAUCGGGGCAAGAAAGUUCUUCGCUCUGUCCAAGGAGGAGAAGAAGAAGGUGAGUAGAAAUGAAGUGAAUCCAUUGGGAUAUUAUGAUAAUGAGCAUACAAAGAAUGUUAGAGACUGGAAAGAAGUGUUUGAUUUUACCGUACAUAAUCAAACACUUAUUACUGCUUCUCAUGAGCCUGAUGAUAACGAGUUGAAAGAGUAUAUUAAUCAGUGGCCCGAUAAUUCACUAGAAUUGAGAGAAGAAUGCGAACACUAUGCUGAAGAAGUGCAAAAACUAGCUUACAAAUUCUUCAUCCGACUCAACCACUAUCCAGCUUGUCCCGUUCCUCACCUUGCUCUUGGGGUUGGCCAGCACAAGGAUGGCGUUGCCCUAGCCAUCCUCGCUCAAGACGAUGUUGGAGGACUCGAAGUGAAGCGAAAAACAGAUGGAGAGUGGAUUCGGGUCAAACCUACUCAUGAUGCUUAUGUUAUCAAUGUUGGUGACAUUAUUCAGGUUUGGAGCAAUGAUAGGUAUGAAAGUGUGGAGCACAGGGCAGUAGUGAAUUCUGAGAAAGACAGAAUCUCCAUCCCAUUCUUCUUCAGCCCCGCUCACUACACCAUUGUGGAACCCUUGGAAGAGCUAAUAAAUGAUCAAAACCCUGCCAAGUAUAAGCCAUAUAACUGGGGGGAGUAUUUCACAAACCGAAUACGCAGCAAUUUCCAGAAGCUUGAUGUUGAAAAUAUUCAAAUCUAUCAUUUCAAGCUCCCAGAUAAAUUUGGUUAAAGGGAAGAAUCGCCUUUGUGCAAGCAUCAUCAAUACAAGUGUCUUAGCUUUGCCUUCCUAUGAAAUAUUAUCCUCCGUAUAAUUAUAAAUAAUGGAUACUCCUAUAUAUAAAGAUGGAUAUUGAAAUAAAAGUUACUUGUUGAUUUUCCUUCUUUUCUC